AUGUCGGUGAAUCGUCAACUUACUCUUCCUGUGGACGAUGAUAUGAGAAAAUCCAAGUCUGCGCUACAACAAACAUCUGCGCCGGAAAUAGUCUCAGUCGAUAAACGACUGGAACACCUUAACCAAGAGGUCCUUCCUUUCUAUCCGUUCUUGCUCACGGUUCCCACCGAUGUGCCUUUCCGUCCUGGUGCCCGAUUUAUCAACAACUGGGCAGUGGGUGAUGACGGGCCUUUCACUCCAGACGAACAAGAACUACAGUACAUGACAUUCCUGACUCACCAAGACGGUGACUCUUUAUUAGUGGCCGUGGGGGAUUGGUCAGACGAAACAGGGAACAUUAUGUCAGACAAGCGCUCAGGGCCUCAAACUGCGGCAAGCACGCCCUCAGCUGGGUCGUUGAAAAAGAAGAUCAGCUUGAACGAUUACAGGAAUAGGAGAAAGAGCGGUGCUUCAGUCUCGCCUAUCAAUCAAGAGCCUGUUACACAGACUUCAGCUCCUCAUACCUCCGAGGACAAGCGAUCAGGGAUGAAGGCCACUACGUCCGUGGACCAUUCGGGAAAACAGUCAAUCAACUCACUAUCGACGAAGUCAUCAGUCAGAUAUGUACCCGAGAGUGUAGGGCGUAAAAGGCCGCCAGAGCUCGGUCAUGUGCAUCUAGGGUCACAUGAAGGGGAGCAGGCAGAUGUAGUUUCUUCAAAGAAAGCGAGGCUUUCGCCGGGGAUGAUCGGGAGCAAGAGUUCUGAGUCCUCAAAGACCAACGGGUUGCCUGAUUUACUAUCACCAACUUUACCACCUACUUCAGACAGCCCUAAGUUACCCAGGCUAUUGUCACCAACUCUUCCGCCUGACAUUGAGAAAGAGCUAGCAAGGCUUGAAAGCCGCCCAGUGUCAAGCUCGUCUAAACUACUAAAGCAUCUUGAUUCUUCACCGUCGAAGGAGAGUGUACAGAACCCGAAAUCGCAUGACCACGGCAAACUGCAGCCAUACGCAACGAUUGGACCCAGCUUGCAUGGCAGAAGUUUGAACUCGACGGCCGAUAAAUGCACUGCUACUCCUAUAGAUUCUAGGGUCUCUGAUUUCGGUGACACACCAAAUCUUGACUUGCAAUCUCAGAGAGGUGAACAAACGCCACCUUCCACAGAUACCAAAGAAAGUAUGGCAUCGCAGCCCCGGCUGGUGGUAAAACUCAAAUACGGAAGAUCGAAUAGAAAGCGCAUCGAGGCUCUCUUGAAAUUUUCUGCCAAGAGGAAAGCAGCUUUCACAUCUUCGCCCAUUAACCAGCAAGGGGAUUCCGAGAGAGCCCGAGUGACCAAAGCUCAACUUAACGAAUCCAAUACUUUUGCACUCAGGCAUACCAGCCACAAAUCCCACCGGCUGGAGGACACAGUUAAGGAUACGGUUAACGUGGACGCAAGUACUUCAAUGAAAGAACGAUCGAAGGAGCCCAGGGCACCAACCCCAGAAAAGUCCCGACUUCCUGCGUCUCCUAACCCUGUAUCAAAUCAAUCAAAGAACUUUGCGGGGUCUCCGACCAAGGAUGCAAAGAACCCUGCUGCUCGUAUCGAGACAUUUCAUAGCGCGGGGAAAUCGACGUCCUAUCAUUGCACCAAAGAUCAACCAGGAAACCAGGUGAACUCUUUGAAGUCGGCAUCCGCAGAUUCUAAUAAUCCUGUGUCUCGGUUCCGGAACUCUGAGCGUCGAGCUUGGAAGGACGAAUACCAGAGACUUGGUAACUUGGGUAGGGAGUUGAAGCAUGCUGCAGAGAGGCAUACCAACAAAGAUGCGGUGACUGCUGCUGAUGAAAAACUUGCAGUUGUGACGGCGAUAGAGGCUGUCCUUUGUUUUAUUCUCGCAUUUGUUGCUGAUGAUCAGUCUAAAGCUUUGGCCCGUCAAGUUGGCGACUCAUCAACCUGGCUAUCUAUACUCGCCUAUUGGCGUGUUGUGAAAAAGAACAGUGUCCCUUACCCGAGACUCCACAGUCUCUGUUUGAUUCUUGGUGCUGUGUCUUAUGAUGCGAUUCACGCUCUCGACUUGGAACGCCUUGCAGUUACUCCAUUGCCAGGAGAUCAUACUCCUGUGCCCACCCCAGGAAGUGACGGCACUACUGUCACGUCGGAUGAGUACAAGAAGAAUCGAAGAGAUAUCAUUGAGUUAAAACAACGAUUACCUGACUUUUAUAAGGAGUCCCAGAGACUAUGGCUCGAGGGCCUGCAGGGCCUUUCAGAGGAUAUUCUUGCCCGUGAAUUUCCUGAGACGUGGUCUAGACGCUCAAGAAGAUAUUCACAUCUGGGAAAGCAGAAGCUCAAGAUCGGAGACUAUACUGGGGAGUUUCUUUUUCCACCCGGGAAAACAUCAGCACCUGUGGAAACUGUUCGAUUUGGGUGUGCGAUUCUCAGAGAGUGGUGUAUGAAAGAAGGCGUGGAUUGGAGCUGCCGACUGGAUUUAUGA